GGGCGAUACCAGAGUGACAAACGGUAGAUGACAACCGAUUGCACUGAAGAAGUGACUGCGUUCCUCAACAUCAACUCAUCUUGACGUCUUAUAUUCGCCAACUCACUGGUCCUCAUUUUUCAUUAAUACGUUAUCAUGUUGCCCGUAAGCAAUUGAAAUGCAUGUCGUUACAGGAGCUGUAUUUCAGAAGACGGGUGGUGCAUAUUCGUUGAAGGUGAUAACACACGACCUGACUGCUGUUACUGAGGUAAACGUAACUGCCAACUUUAGUUGAUGGAACACCCCACUAUUAGAAUCACUGGCCUGUCCCUUGCCAUUUAGAAAAUAUAUUCCAUCAUAUCACGACGCAUUCCAGGGGAAUAUUCCACAGCUAAAUUGGGUCUUCAUUCAAAAUACUUUCUACUGGCUACGCCUUGCAUGUAUUCAUAGGUUAUUAAAGCAAAAUUCCUGGCCCAGCAGUAUGUACUGUAGCGACAUUGCUCGUAAUCUGGAUUCACUGUUUUUCGUAAUAGAGGGGUGCGCCUCGGGGUAUUAAUUGAAGAGUGAAGAGCCUGUAUAUGGUGUAGGAAAGUAUAUAAUCAUUGAUGUAAGGGAACGGCGAUGGACGGACGUAACAGUGUCGUACGUACAGGGAAUACGUCUGGUACAGGUGAUAAUAUAGCGACGAUUUACGUCUGAAACGUGGUCACUAUCUGACUAGUGCAAGUUUAAAUGACUAUUUUAAAUGAUAUUAUAACUCUUUACUUUAAAAUUCUCGUGUAAACGCCAUACGUCAGCCAUUAUGUACAUAUAUACAGGAAUAUUUCCAUAAUUAUAUGUAAUUGAACGUCCAAUAUUGCCUCUGAGCCAACACCCCUACAAGGUUCAGUUGAUGGUCCAUCCCAAUAUCGAUCUCUCUCACGGAAUCUCUCAACCAUUGGCCUGGUUUUCCUGCCAAUUUUUCGCAGACGACAUUCUCGCUUCCAGUCCUUGAGGCGAAAAAGUCGUCGCCAUGGCGAUACUGAGUACUUGUUGCGGGUGCUGUAACGUUCGAACAGGCUCCAUGGUCACGGCUGUGGUGAUGCUGAUCGUGUGUGGGAUGGACCUAGGCGUCAGAUUCAGCUACUCGAUGGGUGAGGCCGCAACCAAGUACAUCGGGGUGUUCAUGGAUGGGAUUUUUGCACUCUUGUGCAUUUUUCUCAUCGUUGGCGUGGCAGUGAACAACAGAUACCUGUGCAUAGCCUGGGUGAUCGGAGCUAUCAUCUACCUGGUGGGGGACAUGCUCCUCUGCAUUGUUAUCACAGUGACGGUGUUUGUGGCCCAAAACAACAUGGUCAUGGAUGACAUUGUCGCUAUCGCCCCAAACGCCACAGCACUACAUGAUGCUGAGAUGUUCGACUUUGCCCGAAACAUGACCAUUGUUAUCACCAUAGCGGUUGCCUGGGUGGUCUUCUUAGUGGUGGCCUGUAUUAACAUUUACUGCAUUCUGGUGGUAUAUUCCCACAUCCAAAACCUGCGAGAGAGAGACCAGGCGGACGACCAGCCCAGCGGACCCCCUCCUGCAUACGAGCCUGCAGCCCAGGUGUACAGCCUCGAGGCAGCUAAGGUGGAUGCUGAGCCGCGUGUUGACCGAAAAGACACUCCAGCAACGUCGUCCACGUUGGUCACAUCUGCCUGAGGACUUUCCCGUGCGCCAUGCCGAGACACUGAAUCUCUAUGUCACUCACUCUACCAAGUUCAUUGGUGCCUUCCGGCAAGAUGGUAUUUUAGAAAGUACAACAUUCCAACAAAACCACGAAUAACUUCGAAAUUUUAGUACAAAAAUAAUAGCUUUUACAACAAUACAAGUGCCAGAAUGGCGGCCGCGUCAGCGAUAAAAGACAAUCUUUUUUGAAAGGAUGUCUCAAAUGAAUCCAGAAAAAAUAACGUUUGUACGGAUUUGGUCCGAUGAGCUUUCUUGAAGAAAAAGUGUCAUAAGAUUCAGGUGUAUAGUAGUAUACACUGAGUCGCUAUCCAUGUUGUGUUGGUGAUAGCUGCCAUGAUGUCAUAUUAGACAAGUAAUACGUUUACGUAAAAAUAGGCUUACUAAAGCUUCUUGUAGGGAUUGAAUGCAAUACAUUUUUUUAGUACGUAAAAGAUCAAACGUUUUGUUCGGUAACGUGAUCACACAUUCAUCAAUGCACACCUUAUAGAUAUAGUGAAAUACUCUAUAUUGAUUAACUUGGAAUUCUGGUGUGCAGAGACGUAUAGAUGAGUAUAAGAAGGGUCCAAGAUGAAAUAUUGAACACGUAUAAAGGAAUUGAAAACGUUAGUUUUACAAUCAUGCAAAUCA